UUUUGGGGGGUGGGGGUGGGGUCUUGGCUGUGCAAAAUGCAACCCCCCUUUCUGCAGCAGCCAAGGGAUUGCCCAGGGCCUCCUCCAGCUGAAAGAUUAUAAACUUUUAAGUCCAAGAGAGGGGUGGGUGCUUCUAGGGAGGUGGAGGAGGGGGCCCUUUAUUUGUUGACAAAAGACCCCCCCCAAUUCCUUGCAGAAAGACUUUCCCCUUCUUUGAGAAGAGACGCCCCCUCAUUCCUUGCAGAAAGGACCCCUCCUUGCCCAAAAGACCCUUCAUUUCUUACAAAGGGUUCCCCCCCCUCUUUGGGAAAAGACCCUACCCCAUUCUUUGCAGGGGGGAAAGACCCCCUCCUCAUACUUUGCAGAAAGGACCCCUCCUCCUUUGCCAAAAGACUCCUCAUUGCUUACAAAGGGAUUCCCCCCUCUUUGGGAAAAGACCCCCCCCCUCAUCCCCUGAAGGAAGACUUUCCUUUUCUUUGAGGAAAGACCUCUCCUCAUUCCUUGCAGGAAGGACCUUUACUUCUUUGCCAAAAGACUCCUCAUUUCUUACAAAGGCAUCCCCCUUAUUUGGGAAAAGACCCCUCCUCAUCCCUUGCAGAAAGGACCCUUCCUUCUUUACCAAAAGACUCAUUUCUUUACCCCAAUUUGGGUAAAGACCCUUCCUCAUCCCUUGCAGAAAAGACCCUUCCUCCUUUGCCUAAAGACUCCUCAUUUUUUAGAAAGGGACCCCCCCCAAUUUGGGAAAAGACCCCUCCUCAUCCCUUGCAGAAAGGACCCUUCCUUCUUUACCAAAAGAUUCCUCAUUUCUUUACCCCAAUUCGGGAAAAGACCCUUCCUCAUCCCUUGCAGAGAAGACCCUUCCUCCUUUGCCGAAAGACUCCUCAUUUUUUAGAAAGGGCAACCCCCCCCCAAUUUGGGGAAAAGCCCCCUCCUCAUUCCUUGCAGGAAGGACCCUUCCUUCUUUACCAAAAGACUCCUAAUUUUUUUACCCCAAUUUGGGAAAAGACCCUUCCUCAUCCCUUGCAGAAAAGACCCUUCCUCCUUUGACUAAAGACUCCUCAUUUUUUAGAAAGGGACCCCCCCCAAUUUGGGAAAAGACCCCUCCUUGUCCCUUGCAGAAAGGACCCUUCCUCCUUUGCCUAAAGACUCAUUUUUUAAGAACGCCCCCCCUUUGGGAAAAGACCCCUCCUCAUUCCUGACAGGAAGGAUUCCCUUCUUCUUAGGGAAAACACCCUCUUCAUAUCUUGCAGAAAGACUUCCCCCCCUCUUUGGGAAAAGACACCCCUCUUAUUCCUCUGCCCCUCUUCCCAGCGCAUCCUCUGGGCCUUCCAAGAUGCGGCCCCCCCAGAGUCCUGUUGACCCCAAGGAAAGGAGAGCCCUCCAAAGAGGAAGGAAGUUGGGCAAAAGAUGAGGCCAGGCAACCUCUGGUGAGGAAGGGUCUUCCUCUUCGUCUUGCAUUGGGAAGGAGGAUCUCCAAGCCAUGGAGGGGAGCGUGGCCCCUCCACCGCUCCUUUGCACCCUGAAGGAGGACUCUGUGGGGCAUCAGGGCACAGGCCCCCUGCCUCCUCUGUCGUGGGACGGCGCUGCCUCCUUGGCUCCCCCAAAGAGGACCAAGCGGCGCCGCUGUGGGUCGUGCCCCCCGUGCCUGCGGAAGGAGAACUGCGGGGCCUGCACCCACUGCCUGAACCGCAAGACCAGCCACAAGGUCUGCAAGAUGCGCAAGUGCCAGGCGCUGGAGAAGGAGAAGAAGAGGAAGAAGAAGCGAGAGGAGGAGGCAACAUUGGCAGCUGGACACUUGGCGGAGGUGGAAAUAAGCGGCGGCAGAGGCCAGGAUCCCGUCCGCGGACAGGGGCAGGUGCUGGCGGCCCAGACGGAGAAGGAGAACGGGAAGAAAGAGACUGGUUUGGAGGGCAGUUCGGUUGAUGGACCCCCAACAGGCCAGAUGGAAGAGGGGCCCUUUCACCAGGUUGAAGAAAGGAGGCUGAGCGGAGGCCUGACCAAUGGCGGCGGAGGGGAGCGGAUGGACGGACGAGGAGGAGAACGAGGAGGACGAGGAGGAGGCAGCACCAUGCUGGCUGAUGGAGGUUCCUGGCUAGGUGGCCUAUGUGCUGAUCAGGUGACCAGCUGGGAGAGCCAUGGAAGACCCCCUGCUUCCUCCUCUUCCUCCUGCAAUGCCAACCUGGAGGAUGCCCAGAACCUGGUGGCCUUCUCAGCGGCAGUUGAAGCAGCCAUGUCCUCACAAGGACUGCCCCCUCUGUCCUCCCCUUCCCUGCUGAGUGUCCGGCUCUACGAGAAGUUCAAUGCCGAGAUGAAGGCCGGGGAGAGCCUCUCGGGGCCCUCUGCUGCACCCGACGGACCGGAGGACCUGAGCGCCCUCCAGGCAGCCCUGGCACUGGCCAGGCAUGGUGUCAAGCCCCCUAACUGCAACUGCGAUGGGCCCGAGUGCCCGGACUACCUGGAGUGGCUGGAGAGGAAAAUCCGGUCAGCCAGUGGGAGGCAGACACCAUCUCAGCCGCAGCCGUUGUGCCCAGCCCCUCUGGCGACCCCAACCCCCUUCAGCAACGGUGCUACUAACCUGGAAGUGGCCCCUGAGGAGAAGCCACCCCGGUGCCCCUUAGAGGCCCUGCCCCUCUCCCAGAGUGCCCUCAGCAUUGCCAAGGAGAAGAACAUCAGCCUCCAGACGGCCAUCGCCAUCGAAGCCCUGACCCAGCUCUCGGCUGUCCUCCCCGAGGCUACCCCCAAGACUGCUCCUUUCCCGGCCCCUCGCCCCAAUUCGGUGCUAUCGGGGUCUGCCUCGGGUGCGUAUCCGGCUUCGAAGCCACACUUUGGGGGCCAACGCCUCCUCCCGGGGGCCUCUCUAUCUUCAUCUCCUUCCUCCUGGACGUCGGGAGCCAAGGUCACUCAGGACACGGGCCUCUACCGCCUUGAUCCUUGCAACGGUCACCUGGAGCCCACGGGUCUCUUCCCCAAUGUUGCUUCCACUCCGCAAAAGGCAGACUUCCCCGACAUGUGGGGUGAGGAGGAGGUUGCCAGGGCGAGGGGCAGCCCUUGGAGCCUGAACGCCACUGCCUCGCCACUCAGCGUCGACCCCAUGGCCAACCUGGAGCAGCUCCUGGAUAGCGCCGGCAUGGAGGGCCUGCAAGCCGUCUUCAAGCGGCCACCGGAGAAGAGCCGGGUGACCAUGGUGAAUGAGGAGCAGCCAGCACAGAAUGACGAGAAUGCCGGCUACCGCAGGCCGUCCGCUUGCAGCCCGCACCUCUCUCAGCUCUUGCAGGAGCCCAACUUCCACAAGAAGACCAGGACGGCGCUGCAGCAGCACCUCCACCACAAGCGCAGCCUCUUUUCGGAGCAGAAGGCAGCAACAUCAACGCCGCCUCCGCAAGGACCCCCAAUCCGACAGGAGCAGCUGCCCGCCUGGUGGUCUCCCAGCCCCCCACCCCAGCAGCAGCUCCCCAAAGCGGCAGCAGAGAAGCCAACCAAGGAGAGGAGGAGGAAGGCCCCGCAGGAGAAGAACAGCCCAGCAAAGCCGCUCCGGAAAGCGGUUCAGAUCAAGCGGCCAAAGCAGAAGGACGUCCAGCCUCUUUUCUUGCCUUUGGCGCAGAUCAGCCUGGAGGGGUAUCACUCUGCUAUGUCUGCCACCGCCGCCAUGACUUCCGAGGUGACUUCCACGGCAACUUCCAUCCCCUCCUGCACCCCCUUGACGCCGACCCCGCCGGAGCGGUCCCCCUUGCAGAAGCUACUUGAAAACAGACCCAACACUCAGGAAAUGCCAGAUGGAGGUGGCCAGGGCUUGUGUCCAGAGAACCCGGCCUGCUCCUCUGCCGCUACCCCCGCCCCCCUUGGCCCCCCAGCCCCGGAACCUUCCCCUUUCUCCCAGAACCCCCUUCCAGUGGAGAACCUGGAGGAGCUCAUCCAGCACUUCGAGGCCCAGUUCGGAGACAGCUUUGGCUUUCAGAAUCCUGAUCUUUUAGGCGAAGGGCCACCACUUCCAGCUGCCCAGCCGCUGCGGUCUUCUCUGUGUCGCUCCCCGGAGCCUCCAGUCAGCUCAGGGUCUGAUGGCAAGGACCAGCAAGGGUCUUCCCAAGGGCCCAGGGACCCCAGGCCGUUCCCCUUCGAGAGCCCCUUCGGGCCCCGCACCCCCAAACAGAUCAAGAUUGAAUCAUCUGGUGCUAUCACGGUGCUCUCCACCACCUGCUUUUACUCUGAUGGAAACCAAAAUGGAGGGGACAUUGCAGCUUCCAUGGAAGGGACCCCGACCAAGGGGGAGGUCCCUCCGCCACUCACGCCCACCCUCAGCGGGUUCCUGGAAUCCCCCCUGAAGUACCUGGACACCCCCACCAAGAGCUUGCUGGACACACCGGCCAAGCGGGCCCAAGCCGAGUUCCCCACCUGUGACUGUGUAGAGCAAAUUGUGGAGAAGGACGAGGGGCCCUAUUACACGCACUUGGGAUCCGGACCGACCGUGGCGUCCAUCAGGGAACUCAUGGAAGAGCGGUACGGCGAGAAGGGGGAUGCCAUCCGCAUUGAGAAGGUGAUCUACACGGGGAAGGAGGGGAAGAGCUCCCGCGGUUGCCCCAUAGCAAAGUGGGUCAUCCGGAGGCACAGCGUGGACGAGAAGCUGCUCUGCCUGGUGCGGCACCGGGCCGGCCACCACUGCCAGAACGCCGUCAUCAUCAUCCUGAUCCUGGCCUGGGAGGGCAUCCCCCGCACCCUGGGUGACACGCUCUACCAGGAGCUGAGCGACAUCCUCACCAAAUACGGGAACCCCACCACGCGGCGCUGCGGUCUCAACGACGACCGGACAUGUGCCUGCCAGGGCAAGGACCCCAACUCCUGCGGUGCCUCCUUCUCCUUCGGCUGUUCCUGGAGCAUGUACUUCAACGGCUGCAAAUACGCCCGGAGCAAAAUGCCCAGGAAGUUCCGGCUGCAGGGCUAUAACCCCAAUGAGGAAGACGUGCUUCGGAAGAACUUCCAGGACCUGGCGACCGAAGUGGCCCCUCUCUACCAACGCCUGGCCCCCCAGGCCUACCAGAACCAGGUGACCAAUGAAGACGUGGCCAUCGACUGUCGCCUGGGCCUCAAGGAGGGGAGGCCCUUUUCGGGGGUCACAGCUUGCAUGGACUUCUGUGCGCAUGCCCACAAGGACCAGCACAACCUCUAUAACGGCUGCACUGUGGUGUGUACCUUGACCAAGGAGGAUAAUCGCACCACGGGGCAGGUACCGGAGGAUGAGCAGCUCCAUGUCCUCCCUCUGUACAAGAUGUCCCCCACGGAUGAGUUCGGAAGCGCGGAGCGACAAGCGGCCAAGAUGGGCAACGGGGCCAUCCAGGUGCUGACCGCCUUCCCACGUGAGGUCCGGAAGCUCCCUGAACCGGCCAAGUCCUGCCGCCAGAGGCAGCUGGAGGCCCGGAAAGCGGCCGCCGAGAAGAAGCGCCUCCAGAAGGAGAAGCUCAUGACCCCCGAGAAGGCCAAGCAGGAAGCCCUCCAGGCCCCGGCCCUUGACCAGGACCCAGCCAUUGCUGAAGGCGCUCCAUUGAAGAGUGGACUCCCUCAGGCACCGGUGAAGCCUUCCAUCAAAGUUGAGCCUCGGGGCCAUUACAAUACAUUCAAGUACAACGGGAAUGGUGUGGUGGAGAGCUACUCGGUGCUGGGAAACUGCCGGCCCUCCGACCCGUACAGCAUGAACAGUGUCUAUUCUUACCACUCCUACUAUGCACAGCCUAACCUGCCUUCCAUCAACGGGUUGCACUCCAAGUUCCCCCUCCCGUCCUUCGGCUAUUACGGAUUCCCCAGCAGCCCCACCUUCCACUCCCAGCUCUUCAAUUACGGCGACGGAAGGGGCUCGCCUUGGGUUGACAGCAGUGGUGGUGGCUACGAGAAGAAACCGGAUGUCCAGGCACUGCAGGACAACCUGACUCGCGUUUACCAGAACCCCGACCCCUUGGACGACAUCCAGCCCACCGUCCGCAGCAAGAGUCACCACCAGUGGACCUAUGAGCGGGCCAACCGGGGAACCAGCAAGACCCCUCCGGCUACAUCCCCCAGGUGCCCCUCGGCGGCCCCUUCGGAAGCCCUGCCCUUUGCACAAAACACGCACUGCUUCAACAGCCGAACAAUCAAGCAAGAGCCCGUGGACCCAGAAGCUGUCCAGCAGCCGGCAGAGAUCAGUUGCCAAAACCUCAACCCCGAAAUGUCCCAAAACGGAGGCCCCAUGGAGGCGCCGGCCUGGAGCCCUUACAAACCCCACAGGAACGAGUCCCCUUGCGAGAGGACUAGUCAUGCGGAUAACCCUUGGAGCGCCUUCCCGUCCGGGGAUUCCAUGCUGGGGGCAAAUGGGCAGAACAAACCCGGCCUCUUUGGCUCCCAUUCAGCUUCCAGGCUGCCACCGCAGAACCACUUGAGGGAGAAACCAUGGAGCCUGUUCCCCACAGAAGGGCAACCCAUGGAGGAGAAGCCAUGGAGCCCUUGCAAAGGGGACAAUGGCAGUGGCUCCUCUUCCUCAGUCUUUGCGGGCCCUGGCUCGGACCUCCAGGAGAAGCGCUGGGGCUUCGGGCAACUGGACUUGAGCUCCAUCAAGGGCAGCGGCCGGACCCUGGGGGACCUCUGGGGCCCGGUCAAGGCGGAUGGCCGCCGGGCCCCAACUCCGGGGCUGCAUGGCCGGACUUGGCCUCCCUUCAGCUCCUUGCCUUCUGUGGCCCUGAAGGAGGAGGCGGGGGUGGGGCUGGACCCUCCCUGGGGCACUUUCGGCCUUGAUGAGGGGACGCCGGAAAAGUCCUUCAAGGAAGAGGAGGAGGAGUGGUCUGACAGCGAGCACAACUUCCUGGAUGAAAACAUUGGCGGGGUGGCGGUGGCGCCGGCGCAUGGCUCCAUCCUGAUUGAGUGCGCCCGGCGGGAGCUGCAUGCCACCACGCCGCUCAAGAAGCCCAACCGCUGCCACCCGACCCGCAUCUCCCUGGUCUUCUACCAGCACAAGAACCUCAACCAGCCCAACCACGGACUGGCCCUCUGGGAGGCCAAGGUCAAGCAGCUGGCGGAGAGGGCCAGGGCCCGGCAGGAGGAGGCUGAGGCGGCGGCAGCGGCGGCAGCCAGCCUGGGCCUACGGGCGGAGGAGGGCAAAGCCUUUGGGAAGAAGCGCAAGUGGGGCAACAAUGGUGGGGCGGCCCCCGAAUCCCAGCCGAAGGAGCGGAAGGGCGUGGUGCCCACCCGGGAGGCCCUGACCGUCCCUACGAACUCCGCCAUCACCGCCGCCUCCUACGCCUUCACCAAGGUGACUGGGCCAUACAGCCGAUGGAUAUGACAACGAGGUGGAGGAAGACGACCAUGGCAAAUCACGCAGUGUGGCAGGCGGCUAUCUUACCUCACAGUCAGUAGCACUGGAACCUGGUGCUGGUUUUGUGGUGCUUUCCCCUCGCCGUCUGGAAACAAACCAACCAAUGAGCAAAAUCCCGGAUCCGCAGCGUUUUGGGUCGAGAAGCAGAGGCAUCACCCAAACCUACUGCGGUUCUUUUUUUCUCCCCCUUCCGGUCAUUUGAUUAUUUAUAUCCACCUCCAUGUGUUUGUAACCUGUGAUCAUGGCAAAAAGGGGGAGCAGAAAAUCAUCCCAUCCUGUCCUUUCGCAAGGAAGAAAUCCUUUUUAUUCCGUUUCCGAUACAAAGGUGUAUUUGAAAUUAGUCCAAACAAGGGAUCCUUCCAGAAAGGAUUGGAAAGCAGACCUUGCUCCUUUAAGGCCUGCCCUGGGCUUCCCGCCUUGGACCUUUGUCCAGAAAGGUGUCUUUCUCAACCCAAGGUGCUUCCGUUUUGGGGAGAAACAGGGGCAUAGCCCAUGGUGCAAAGGUCUUCUUACAGAUCGGUAGGUCUCCACAGGGAAAGAGGUGGUGUUUGCUUCAUUCUGUUGCUCAUUCCGGACUUCAGGUGCUGCUCAGUGGGUUUGGAUAGGAGUGAAAGCGUCCCCGUCACUGUUCCAAAACCCUGAAGUUGUGAUGGUUUCCAAGCAGGAUGAAUAGGCCGCAUCAGUGUGAAAAUAGGGGAAAGGGUGACCUUUGCUUGGGUCCCACUUUGGAAGGAAUGCAACCAGUAAAUAAAUAGAAAACAAACCUUCAACAGAGAUGGAGAGGGGCUGCGGCUCCCUCUCCAGAAGUGUUGAAUGUCCCUGCUAAUCUUGACUUCCCAAAUAACCAUCCCCUGCACCCCUCUGGCCUUCAGUGUGUUUCCAAAUUGGUCCCAAAAGUCAAGGAGAGAAGAGGUUGUGUCUUUCGCAAAUUGUGUUUAAUCGAAUGCAAGUCUUCCGGAUAGAGAAAAGGCUGUGUGAGACAUUACCGAUGUAGAAGGAAGGGGUUCUAUUUUCCUUCUGUCAGCAGCACUUCCAGCCGUUUAUUGGGAAAAUCUGGUUAAGAGGAUGCAGAGAAUGAAAGGAAGGGAAAGUGGGUGAAAUAGGGAGGGAGAGAGAAAUGAAAAAGCCAUAUAGAUCCACCCUGGUGCAGAAAAUCCCUCAUUGGUGCUCUUUCCCCUCUAUUUAUUUGUUAUGUGGACAGCAAAAGCCACAGCUUUGGAUUUGAAUAGCCAUUGGCAAGGAUGCGUUUUGCUCCUCAUAACUUUCUAAAAUAACGAUUGCCGACCACGAUCCCUUUCCAUGAGAGCCAAACAAGGCAUGGACUCUCUUCCUUUCCUAACUUCUAGUUUCCAUAGUGAUGAAAGGCAAGCAAACGAUGCUGUAAAUCCCAACUUCAGGUUUGGCUACUGUCUCUUAAGAAACUACCCUUCUUCUCAGACGGACCUCAUUCUGUGCUUCCGCUGGUGCAUGCUGCCCACGUUCACAAUGGGAUGUUUUUAUUUCACUUUUUCUGGUGCUGUUUUUUGAUUUUGACUUUUGAACUUGAUGGGGGUUGCGAAGGGUCAGGGGGCCAAACUUUGGCAAUGACUGAUGCAUUCAAAAUAUCAAAGCAGGUGCUUUUUGAAAUGCCAAAUCGCCAUUUUUUUUUCUGAACGGACUCUUCCCAAAAUUUCGGUUUGAAGAACAGUCUCUUACACCAAAAUCGAGAGCUUCCUGUUGGCGAUCUGGUCAUCGCCAACACUGUGCUAUGGUGCAGUUUGGAAUUGCAUUAUAAUGUCAGUAUAGACCAGUGGUUCCCAGCCUGUGGUCCGUGGACCACCAGUGGUUAGCAAGAAUGACAAUAUGAUUCGCGGCCUCACCAUCACUACACCGUUGCCUCAAAAACAUGCGGCAACUAGAGGGACUGGUCUCACAAAACCCUCUUAUAGUGUUGAGGCAACGGGGAUGUCAGGAGAGGAGAGGCUGACUACCCACGAAAGAUUUCUACUACUACAUCAGCUCUAGAUUAUGAAAUACAGUAGAGUCUCAUUUAUCCAACAUAAACAGGCUGGCAGAAUGUCAGAUAAACAAAAAUGUCGGAUAAUAUGGAGUCUCCUACUCAUCCGACACGUCGCUAGACACCUAGACCUAGAAUACUAACAACAAGGGCUCAAAGGGUUAAGGCAAGGUAAUGCCUCAGGGCUAGAGUAGCCCAGCAGGAAGUGCCUGGUUUAGGAAGUUGUUGUUCAUUCAUUCAGUCGUUUCCGACUCUUCGUGACUUCAUGGACCAGUCCACGCCAGAGCUCCCUGUUGGCCGUUACCACCCCCAGCUCCUUCAAGGUCAAUCCAGUCACUUCAAGGAUACCAUCCAUCCAUCAUGCCCUUGGUCAGCCCCUCUUCCCUUUUCCUUCCAUUUUCCCCAGCAUAAUUGUCUUCUCUAAGCUUUCCUGUCUUCUCUUGAUGUGGCCAAAGUACUUCAUCUUGGCCUCUACUAUUCUUCCCUCCAAUGAGCAGUCAGGCUUUAUUUCUUGAAGUAUGGACUGGUUGGAUCUUCGCACUGUCCAAGGAACUUUCCUCCAACACCACAGUUCAAAAGCAUCUCUCUUCCUUCGCUCAG